GCACUGACACGCAGCCCAGAAUUCGCACCAGACAGAGUGCUCAUGCACAAGUUUCAAGCUCAGGCAAUAAAUUGCUGUCGCCAAUUAACUCACACACCUCAAGUCAACCAAAAGAAUGGUCUCCAGAGUCCAGCAAGAUUAGAACCGCUGCCACGUUGAACGGGUCUUCCAGUUCCACAGUAUCCUCAGCACCGAGUAUGGCAUCAUAUACAGCGGAAUCCUCGCUUGAUAGCAGGUGGUGUAGUGAUGACGGCGACGACGAUGACGAGACAGACACCGAGGCAGACAUGUGGGUCAAGACGCGGCUCAUCAGAGAUGCAGAUGCAGUGCUCGACAUCGCAAAACCGCGGAGUGCUGCCGGGAGAGUGCUUGCCAGCAACAUUUCCAAGCACAUCUCAGCCGAGCUGGAGCAUCGGCUCAACACAGCUAGCACAUACGCAAUAGCUGACACCAGCAAAACCCAGUCAGCUUUGGAAGCGCCCAUGCAAAACAACAGCUAUCGACAGCUGCUGUUCUCCGAUACAGCAUCUGCCAUGAGCAAGGAUGAGCGCAGUGCAGCCACGGCCAAUGUAUUUGCAGGGUUUCAGGAGUGGAUUGCACCCGAGUCGAUACAGCAUCAGCCUAUUGGAGCACCAUCUACACCACCAGACAAUACCUGUGGUGACAAUAUGGACGAUGCUAAACAGAUACACACAUCCGUGCAGUCAUUCAUUUAUUUCGUCGCACAGCAGAUCGACAGCUUCAUUAGCGCAUUGGGUGCAGAUGCGCUUGGGGAGCAUCGCACAUAUCGCCGCCUUCUACCAUGCAUGAAUCAAGAGUGCCAUCCCAGCAACACAGGCAAUGCUCCAACCAUCGAAGCAGGCAUCACUACACAACACAGAGACAGCAGUAUCGAGCUGCUCAACAACUUCUGCUAUGCUGACGCAUUCGCUGUCAUCGAGGCACGACCAGGCAAAACUCGGCGCAUCGUUGACAAGGCAUAUGCGCAGCUGAUGAAAAGCACACGCAGCAUCUAUAAGGCUCAGUUCGACCGGCGCUUUGCUUUUGGCUUGACCGUCUGCGACAAUGAGGUGCGGGUGUGUCUAUUUUCCAACGAUGUGGUCUUCUCAUCCAGCGCUCUUGACAUGUCCACUGGCAUUUGGUCGCCAACAAUUCAUCGAGCUGCUAGUUUACUGGUCUCUCUGCCGAUGACGACCAGUUGGGAUUCGACACAACAAUCCACUGGGACAAGGAUAACAACUGCGGGACCAUCGAGUGUCCUGACACAGCAGACGAGUCAUCAUGCUCUGCAGCCACAAAAACGUACUACUUUGACAAGGUGCUACCAGGAGCAGACAGCCUUUUCGGUCGGCACACGAGGUGCUUUUUUGGUGACAGACGAGAGGCCUUCUGGCGACGAAAUCAAGCCCAAGUUUUCUUUGAAGGACACAUGGCCGGAAGCCACAGAGGACCCCACCAGAGACAGACGAGACGAGGUGAUGUUUAUGCGCCGAAUCACAGAGGAACUUGCGAACUCAGAUGUCGAGGACCUGGUCUAUCCAAAGCUCGAAGCCGGUGGUCGUGUCUCGAUAGAUACUGACGGGGGCCGAUUUGAGGACAACACGAAAAAUGCACUGGGCCCGCUCUACUCACUGCGCAAGCCAGACAAUGCGGCAAUUCCGUUCCGCGUCCAUAAGCGUCUGGUUAUGUCACCGAUUGGUGAACCACUGGAAACCGUCGAGUCUGUCCACGAGCUCAUUGUUGUGCUAGGCGAUGCGAUGCGCUGCCACUCAGAAGUGCUGCGACGGUGCAACAUCCUCCACCGCGACAUUUCAGACAACAAUAUCCUUGUCGUGCGUGAGGAAGGCAAACAACCUCGCGGACUACUGAUAGAUUUCGACUGCGCAGUGGAUGUAAGUGAGCACCAGGCGCCGAACCCAGAGAAUGUGGGGACAUUCCCCUACAGGAGCAUCAACAAUCUGUUUGGAUCAAAUGUGGAGCGGACAGAGUUGGACGACUGGGAGUCGCUAUUCUACCUACUUUGUCACUGUGCAACGGUCGGUAUUGGUGAGAGAUAUCGGCGAUCACCGGAAGAGAUGAAGAAGUUGUCCAUUAUAACAUGGCAUAUUUGGGAUUCUGAAACUGCUGGAGAUGUAAAAAAGUCUCGUCUCUGCUGUGUUCAGGAUUUUGAGCAGAGGAUUGUUCGCAGGUUCAACCAAGCCCAGCCCGAUAUCGAAUAUUUGCAAAGGCUUGCAAGAGGACUGUACAUGGGCUUGUUCGAUAACCGAGCUCUAAAAAAUCCUCGGUAUUGGGGACGUUCACGCGAAGUAUUGGAAGAAUGUCCGAACCAAGUAUCCCCUCCAAGGAGCGGGUGAAGAUAAAGAAUAGCGCUGCUGAUACCCUGCUGACGACGAUGAGUGCUGCCUAUAUAAAAUCAGCUAGUGUCCUUUCCGCAUCUAUACAAUAAAUGUUUUAUUACCG